UGUAGCCCACUGUCCGAUGCGUUCAGAUUGUGAGAAAACUGUUACUUAUGGAAAAUAUUUGUGAUUCUUCAAUAUCACAUCUUCACUCAUUAUCAUAUAGUUCAGAAUGUUUUGAUGAAUUAAGCGAAGUUAGCUAUGAUGAGUUUUUCAAGAAGUAUUUAUUGCCCAACAAGCCAUGCGUGUUUUCGUCUGGAUUGACACAACGGUGGAAAAGCAGGAAUGAUUGGGUGACAGAGGAUGGUUGUCCUAGCUUCCAGUACAUGAGAGAAAUAUUUGGUGAAGCAGUUGUGCCAGUGGCAAACUGUAAUGAAGAAUGCUAUCAGUCACACAAGAAGUGUGAGAUGAAGAUGUGUGAAUACUUGGACUACUGGGACAAAUACCGGGCUUGCAGCUAUCCAGAGAAAGAACCCUGUCUCUAUCUUAAGGACUGGCAUUUUCAAAAGGCCUACCCGGAUUAUGGGGCUUACACAACGCCUGUUUAUUUCAAGUCAGACUGGCUCAAUGAAUUCUGGGAUACACUGCCACGUGAUGACUACAGAUUCGUCUAUAUGGGUCCUAAGGGCACCUGGACCCCUUUCCACUCUGACGUGUACAGAUCUCAUAGCUGGUCUGCCAACAUCUGUGGAAAGAAGAAGUGGAUCUUCUAUCCACCAGGGUGUGAGGAAAGCCUGAAGGACUCACUUGGAAAUCUGGUGUAUGACAUCACAUGCAGUGACCUGGAAAAUCCCCAAAAGUUUCCACAUGCUGCAGAGGUCAAGGGUCGUAGGAUUGAGGUUAUCCAGACUCAAGGUCAAGUGAUGUUUGUACCUAGCGGCUGGCACCAUCAGGUUAUAAAUCUGGAAGACACAAUUUCCAUCAACCACAACUGGUUGAAUGCCAGCAACAUUGACCUCUGCUGGAAGCAUCUGCAGUCCAGUCUGACAGCAGUACAGCUGGAGAUUGCAGACUGCCGGGACAUGGAGGGUUGGGCACAGCAAUGUCAGGUAAUUCUAAAUGCCAGUGCUGGUAUUGACUACAAGACUUUCAUCAAGAUGCUACAUACAAUAGCCACCAAUAGAAUACACGCACUACAAAGUAAGGGUGUAAAGUUAGGGUCAUCCAAGUCUUACCAAAGAGACGAAAAAGGUAUUUGUAGUGACUGCUGGGAAACAACUAAAUUUAACAUUGGAACGGACGAAAAUAGUUCCACUUCUGCACAUUUAUUGACAGAUACAAAAAGUGAAAGUUGUGAUGUAAGUUUAAGUGAGAUACAUAAAACUUGUAGACAAUCUAUUUCAGAUUUGAAACGGAAUUAUUAUUUGAAAUGCAAUAUAUCUGGUAUUGGAAAUGUGUCCAAAAGUGUUGCCAAUGGUGAUGUUAAAUCUAUCGAAGAAAUACUGCCUCAAAUAUUGAUAGAUCCGACAGACACUGUUUCUGGUUCAGAGAACAUCAAGUCAGAGAACAUCAAGUAUUUACUCUUUGAUAUUGUAAGAAUAAAGGAAACUUUGGAGCAUAUUGUUCAGGACGAUGAUUAUAAAGAAAUGGAUCUGAACUAUUCAGAGAGUGCUGAAGCUGUUUUGAAUAUCAUUUGUAAAUAUCUGUUUAUGUGAAAUGUUGUCCAUAUUGCAUGGUGGCAAACACCGUGCAGUCAACAUUAAUGUGCAUAUUCUGUGCAUAAAUAUUGUGCUUG